UCUCUGUUUUCAACCCCCUGUUGGUUUAAAGAGACAUCAUGUCUCUGUGCAGAAACACCGAAACUGAACACUUUGAGGACCGAGACAAGCCUCAGCGGACCCGCAGGACCAGCUCCUCCGCCGGGUCCCUGUCGGGCUCCAGAGGCGCAGGUCUGGUCCCCAGCCCCGCUCGCAGUGCGCACUGCGCCUUCUACCGCACGCGCACUCUGCAGUCCCUCACGUCGGAGAAAAAAGCCCGAAAAGUUCGCUUUUAUCGCAACGGUGACAAAUACUUCAAGGGUCUGGUGUACGCCGUGUCCAGCGACCGGUUCCGGUCCCUGGAUGCCCUGCUCAUGGAGCUCACACGGUCCCUGUCGGACAACGUCCACCUCCCCCAGGGGGUCCGGAGCCUGUACACGCUGGACGGGGGCAGGAGGAUCAGCAGCCUGGAGGAGCUGCAGGAAGGAGAGAGUUAUGUCUGUGCCUCCAACGAACCUUUUCGAUGUGUGGAUUACUCCAAGAAUGUGAACCCCAACUGGUCAGUGGGCAGCAGGAUGGGGACGUCACGCUCCAUGUCCUGUCUCGUUCCAUCCAGGACCGAGCUGCAGAGGGAACCUAAGGACUUCAUCAAACCAAAGCUGGUCACUGUCAUCCGGAGUGGUGUCAAACCCCGUAAGGCAGUUCGCAUACUGCUCAAUAAGAAAACGGCUCACUCAUUCGAGCAGGUGCUCACCGAUAUUACGGAUGCUAUCAAGCUGGACUGUGGAUCUGUGAAGAGGCUGUACACGUUAGGAGGCAAGCAGAUUUCCUGCCUGCAAGAUUUUUUUGGGGAAGAUGAUGUGUUCAUUGCAUGCGGUCCAGAGAAAUACCGUUAUGCACAGGACGACUUUGUGUCUGAUCUUAGCGGUAAGGCUUCCAUAGCUUUUAUGACAGAAUGCAGAGUGAUAAAGUCAUCAAACAGUCGAUCUGUGACUUCAAACCAAAUGGCAAGGAGUCCUGGACUUCCACGACGCAGCAAGUCUUCAGGUGCCGCAAGACGACCCAUGUAUCUCUCCAGUCCCACACCGAUCAAGUCUCCAGUAAAUGGUGUUUCAGCUGCCAGGAUCACCAAGUCCUCCACACCAUCUCCUACCAGCCUCCCCCGUGUAAAGAUCCCUCCACCUCACCACCUCUCCUCUCCAAAUGGAAUUGACACACUAAACAAUCACCAGGAGCGAACCAAUCAGCUAAAUCCAGAGGUUAAUGGAAACCAGUACUUAUUAGCUCCCAGCAUCUUGGAAAAAUACAACGUUGGUAAAGUCAUCGGAGAUGGCAACUUUGCUGUGGUUAAGGAGUGUGUGGAGAGGUCCACGGGGAAAGAGUUUGCUCUCAAAAUCAUCGACAAGGCCAAGUGCCGUGAAAAGGAGCACCUGAUAGAGAAUGAAGUUGCUGUGCUGCGGAAGGUGAAACACCCAAACAUCAUCAUGCUGGUUGAGGAAGUGGACACCCCCUCCGAGUUGUAUUUGGUUAUGGAGCUUGUCAAGGGAGGGGAUUUAUUUGAUGCCAUCACGUCCUCUGCCAAGUACACAGAGAAAGACGCCAGCACCAUGGUGUACAACCUGGCUGGGGCCUUGAAGUACCUGCACAGCAUGAACGUCAUUCAUAGAGACAUUAAACCAGAAAACCUGCUGGUGUCUGAACAUCCAGAUGGCACUAAGUCACUGAAACUUGGAGAUUUUGGCCUGGCUACAGUAGUGGAUGGUCCAUUGUACACCGUGUGUGGGACUCCUACAUAUGUAGCUCCAGAAAUCAUUGCAGAAUCAGGUUAUGGUCUAAAGGUGGAUAUCUGGGCAGCAGGUGUGAUCACCUACAUCCUUCUGUGUGGCUUCCCUCCGUUCAGAAGUGAGAAUAAUAAGCAAGAGGACCUGUUUGAUCAGAUUCUUCUGGGGCAGCUCGACUUCCCCAGUCCUUACUGGGACAACAUUACAUACUCAGCAAAGGAGCUGAUUGGAAAUAUGCUGCAGGUUGACGCUGAGGCUCGAUACACGGCGCAGGACAUCCUCCUGCACCCAUGGGUCACGGACGAUGCAGUCAUGAACAACAUGAAGUCAGAAGUCACAAGUAAACUGAAGACGCAUUUCAACACUGCACCGAAGCACAACAGCACCACAGCUGGAGUGUCGGUCAUCGUGAACACAGCACUAGAUAAGGAGACCCUCCAACUGGCCACCCGUUGUUCAGGACCACCAGUCCAAGUCCCAUCAGCUUCUCCGACAGAACCUGCAUCAGAAUCUGCUCGGUCAGCGUUUUUAGCUGCGAGCGUCUCUUCUGAGGCGUCCAUCCCUGCUGCGACAGAAACUGCAUCUAAACCCACGUUAGCCGCUGGGCUUGAUCCUCCUCCCUCUGAUCCACCGUGCUCGCUGCAGUUUUCACCCACUUCUCACACGUCGCCCAUUUCUUCACCUUCCGAACAACGAAGCCCCUCGUUGCCACUUUUAGCAGCUCCCUGCUUAUCUUCUGGUCCCUCCCCACCAUUUCCUAAAAAACUGGACACAAAUCCUGCUACCCCCUCCCCCGUCUCCCCCUUCCAACCCGUUGUCUUCUUCCCACUCUCGUCUCCGACCAAACCAGAACCCCCGUUGCCUCCUUCCAUCCACCCAACCCUGUUCCCUUCACCUCCUUCCACACCUCCACCUCCUUCUCCUUGCCCUCUGCUGUCUGAGGAGCUCCUAUAG